GGGGGUUGGAAUCAGAUGAUGUUUAAAGGUCUGUUCCAACCCAAAUCGUUCCAUGAUUCUGUGAUUGUGAGGUGCUAGGCUGCAGGUUCCCUCCACAGUAGAGUCCCACCAGGGCUGGAUAUGGUCAAGCCUGGAACUUUGGUGAGAGGGUGUUGCCAAGCAACCUCGCAGAAUCUCUGUGAACACUCCAUUGCAGUUGGUAACACAGUAUCCCUUCCUGUCAUUCUGCCUGCAUGGGAAAGCCUCAAUAUGGGAAGAAAUAACACAGAAAAAGCUGACAAUCCAGUGGUUUCGUCAGGACAUGAAGCAAAAGAUGAUGGUCAACGUCGCUCCAUUCGACAGAGGAAAGCUGUUGAGCGCUAUCAAGCUCCAUGGGAAGAUCUAAAAAAACAUACGAUAACUUUUUCCAAACACACUUCACCUGUCAGAGAGAGAGAUUCGUGUAAAAGAAAAAGAUCUCUUUCGGCCAACUCUCGGAAAGAAGACUUGAAGGAAGUUCGCAAGGAUCACACAAAAAUCGAAGUGACUCGGAGAGACAACUUAAAUGAAGUUUAUAGAACUUCACAUGAAAAUCAAAUGAAAAUUGGAGCAAGUCUGGCUGGUGUUGAGAAGAUACAAAUAGGUAGUUCGGUACAAUUUGAUGGCGUGGGUGGUCUUUCUGACCACAUUUCAGCUUUAAAAGAGAUGAUCAUUUUGCCGUUGCUUUAUCCUGACGUCUUUGAGAUACUGAAGUUUAAACCUCCCAGAGGCUGUCUAUUCUAUGGUCCACCAGGGACUGGAAAGACACUGGUUGCUCGUGCACUUGCAAAUGAAUGUAGCAGAGGUGACAGGAAAGUAACCUUUUUUAUGAGAAGUGCUGCCGACUGCAUGAGUAAAUGGGUAGGAGAAUCUGAACGACAGCUGCGUUUAGUAUUUGAGCAGGCCUACCAGAUGCGACCUUCAAUUAUUUUCUUUGAUGAGAUCGAUGCUCUUGCUCCCACACGGUCCAGUAAACAAGACCAAGUUCAUAGCUCUGUUGUGGGGACACUUCUGACACUUAUGGAUGGCUUAGCCAGCAGAGGAGAGGUUGUGGUAAUUGGUGCCACCAACAGAUUGGAUUCUAUAGAUCCUGCUUUACGAAGACCCGGCCGCUUUGAACGAGAAUUCCGUUUCAACUUACCAAACAAAGAGGCGAGACAAGAGAUUUUCAAAAUUCACACACGAGACUGGACCCUAAAGCCAUCGGACAACUUACUUGAAGAGCUGGCUGAGAAAAGUGUCGGAUACUGUGGUGCUGACAUUAACGCCUUAUGUGUUGAAGCUGGCCUCUGUGCUUUGCGCCGCCGCUAUCCUCAGAUACAUGAAAGUGACAAGAGACUGAAGAUAGAUGCCACUUCGAUUAAAGUAACAGCAAAGGAUUUUGCCAUGGCCAUGCAGAAGAUUGUUCCAGCUUCACAGAGAGCUGGGACUUCACCUGGUCGAGCGCUACCACCUAUAUCAAAGCCACUGUUAGAAAACACUCUGGAAAGAAUUUUACAAGUCUUGCAGAGAGCAUUUCCCCAUGCAGAGCUUGCACUGAAGAAGGACCAAGGAAAUGAUAUGAUUGACAAUGAAGAAUCACCAUCGGUCUCUGGAAAGACGCCAACUCAUAAAAUUUCUGAUAGCAAAAAGGCAGGAUUCCGCACUUUCAGCAGCAAUUCUCCUUAUCAGCCAACAUCUUUCAGGCCACGGUUCUUAUUGGUUGAAGAGCCAGGAUCUGGGCAAGCUUUUGAUUUGGCACCUGCAGUAAUACAUGCUCUGGAAAAGUUUCCAGCUUAUACACUAGACCUGCCAACUUUGUUUGUCAGCAGCACAUCACAGGAAGAAACAUGUUCACAGUUGAUACGAGAAGCUCAAAGAACAGCACCAAGUAUCAUUUAUAUACCACAAAUCUCUUUGUGGUGGGAGGCUAUUGGACCUACACUGAAAGCUGGUUUUACAGGACUACUGAAUAACAUUCCAUACUUUGCUCCAGUUUUGCUUCUUGCAACAUCUGAUGUGCAACAUGAAGAUCUCCCAGAAGAGAUAAAAACAUUGUUUAAUAAUAACCGUGAAGAAGUUUUCAAAAUCCCGCGGCCUACCUGUGCUGAAAGAAGAAGUUUUUUUGAGGAUUUGAUCAUGAAGCAAGCUGCUGAACCUCCUGCAUCAAAAACCAACGCAGAUUCUCAGGUACGCCGUGCGACUCAUGCAAAAUGUUCUCAGGUGGAUGAGCAACCACAACAAUUGCUGGAUUCUGUUGUUGAGGCAACUCAAAGUGUCAAUAUAUCAAGCAUGGCGAAACUAUAUUCUGUCCUUAGCCAGUGCAUUUACCAACAUCGAGAUGAUGCUGACAAAACCGAAUUAGUGACGGAAAUGAAGAAAGAAAUUGCAGCCCUCAGUUGGCUGUGAUACUCAACUUCAGCAUACUCGACAUACUCUAAUGUUCAUAUUUGGCUCCCAAAUAGAUAAGUUGUGUUUAUCA